CCUCUCUUUUCAAUUGGAGUGCGAGCGCUUGAUCGAGAAAUCUAGGGUUUCAAUCCUUCGCCUCUUGGAUGGGAUCGAAGAGCAACGGAUUCGCCAAGCCGAGGUCUUCUUCGAUGAAGGGAUUCCAGGUUUAUAGGAAUAGCUCCGUGGAGUGGAAGCCGUCGCCGGUUGUGGCGCUCGCUACCAGCCCUGAUGGUUCCCAGGUCGCCGCUGCCCGUGACGAUGGCUCUCUCGAGAUCUGGCUUGUUUCCCCUGGCUCUGUUGGCUGGCAUUGCCAAUUGACGAUUCAAGGGGACCCGAACUCCAGGGUGUCUUCGCUGGUGUGGUGUCCGCCGAGCUCCACAAGCGCCGGGCAUGGUCGUUUGUUAUCUUCGAGCAUUGAUGGGUCUAUCUCAGAGUGGGAUAUCUUUUCCUUGCAGCAAAAGAUUGUAGUAGAUUCUGUUGGAGUAUCUAUCUGGCAGAUGGCGGUGGAACCAUACAAUGAUUCAUUGCAUUUUUCAAACAUUGGCUCAGGGCUUGUAGAAAAUGGAUUUACAGAUGUUGAUGCUCAAAGCGAUCCGGAAUCUAGUGAAAGUGAUGAUGACAAUGAUGAAAUCAAUUCUGUUGCUAUCAGAAUGGAAAAUCAGCGAUUGGCCAUUGCUUGUGAUGAUGGUUGUGUGCGUAUCUAUGAUGCAUCAGAUGCUGGAGAAGUAACAUAUAGCAGGUCAUUUCCCAGGGUUAGCGGGCGCCUUUUGAGUGUUGCUUGGAGCCUAGAUGGAAAACAUAUAUUUGCUGGAAGUAGUGAUGGAUUAAUUAGAUGCUGGAAUACUUCAUCAUUUCAUGAGACUUAUCGUGUCACAGUUGGGCUGGGGGGCUUGGGUAGUGGACAUGAAAUUUGCGUGUGGUCACUAUUAUUUUUGAGGGAUGGGGUCCUUGUUAGUGGAGACAGUACUGGUAGUGUUCAGUUUUGGGACAGUAAGCAUGGCACCCUGUUGCAGGCCCACACAUAUCACAAGGGUGAUGUCAAUGCCCUAGCAACAAUUCCCAGUCAUAGCAGAGUGUUUUCUACUGGUUCAGAUGGGCAGGUUAUUUUAUAUAAAUUGUCUGGUGGUACACUGGCUUCCGGUGAUAAAGAGCAACCUGCUGAACAAAUAAAGAAAUGGGUUUAUGUUGGAUAUGUGCGAGCUCAUACCCAUGACGUCAGGGCCUUGACUGUCGCAACACCCAUUUGUGGAGAAGAGCAACCACAAGAUGAGAAGUUAACAAAAGUACGCCGUCGGGAGAAGCCUAUCAGUUUCAGUUAUCACAAAUGGGCACACUUGGGAGUUCCUAUGCUCAUUUCUGCAGGUGAUGACACCAAACUUUUUGCUUACUCUGCAAGGGAGUUCACGCAGUUCUCUCCUCAUGACAUCUGCCCUGCUCCUCAACGACCAUCCAUUCAGCUGGUACACAAUACAGCCAUAGAUGGAGCUCCAAUGAUACUUGUGCAGUCAUCUGAUUGCUUGGAUGUUAUGCCUAUAAAAGUUGGCAAUAAUGCUACUCUAAGUAUGCCUUCUAGACAACAUGCCACAACUCAACUUCUAGCUCGAGUUAAGAGCAAAAGAUCUCGAAAAAUCAUUUGCAGCUGCAUCUCUAGGACGGGGAUGCUGUUUGCAUAUUCUGAUCACGUGAAACCCAAUUUGUUUGAAUUGAAAAAGCCUAAAGCAGGAAAAACUGGGUUCUCUGUCAACAAACUAGAGUUGCCUCGAGGGUUGCCUUUUGCACAUUGUAUGGUAUUCAGUGCUGAUUCUUCAUGCUUGAUGCUUGCUGGUCAUGAUAGAAAAGUAUAUGUUGUUGAUGUGAGAAGAUUAGAAGUAGUGCAUACUUUUGUGCCUCAUCGAAAGGAGGACGACUUGAAUCUUCCUCCAAAUGAACCUCCUAUAACAAAAAUGUUCACUAGUUCAGAUGGGCAGUGGUUAGCUGCCAUCAAUUGUUUUGGGGACAUAUACAUAUUUAAUCUGGAGACACAGAGACAACACUGGUUCAUAUUUCGGCUGAAUGGGGCUUCUAUUACUGCUGGUGGUUUUCCUCCUGGAAAUAGCAAUGUGCUUGUAGUGACAACAUCUUCCAACCAAGUGUAUGUGUUCGAUGUUGAUGCAAAGCAGUUAGGUGAAUGGUCGAGGCGCAACACAUUUCUUUUGCCAAGAAACUUUCAAGAAUUCCCUAGGGAGGUUAUUGGGCUCUCCUUUUCACCUUCCUUACAUUCAACUUCGGUCAUUGUAUACAGCACAAGGGCGAUGUGUUUGGUUGAUUUUGGCCUGCCUAUUGAUCGGGAUGAUGAAUUACCGAAUGGUUACGAUCUAGCAUUGGACAAAUACGAAUCAAUAAAGUCUGCAAAAGCUAAUCGGAAGAGGAAAAUACGAAACCAGGAAUCUAAAGUGCAUAGUAAAAACUUUGAUUUCUGUGCAUUUGGAGAUCCAGUUCUAUUCGCCGGUCACCUAUCGGAAAACUCAUUGUUAGUCAUGGAAAAGAGAUGGAUGGAUGUCGUUCAAAGUUUCGAUGCACCAGUUCACAGACAUAUUUAUGGAACUUAGGGAAUUUAUCACUGAUUCAAACAAAGAAAAGAUACCUUUUACAGUUCCUCUCAUCGAGCUCACCGACCUGUUUAAGUGACUAAAGAACCGGCAACAAAACAGUAAAGGGAAUGCAAUGCUGAAGGUUUAACCAAUUCGGGAUCUUUUAACGAUGGAGGCCAUUGGACAUUUGAAACUGUAAGAUGAGGGCGAAAAAAGUCUUUACCAAGUUGUACUACAAUCUUUUUUGCUUCUAUUGUAAAAUUAAUGUCCACUUAAUACAUGAUUCUUUCUUUUUCUUUGCUUUGUUUUAGUGUGUUUUUGGCUGCUAUUGUGUUUCCUCUUGUAAAAGUUUCACUUGGUGUGUUAUUAGACCACCUUGUGUUCUUCUAUUUGGUUUUCAAACACAGCAGCUGGUAUUAGAUGUCAGAUAAUGUUGUAACCAUGUUAGCCUCAAAAGUCUAUUGAAGUUUUUUGAUGCUUAUAGAUGUUGAUGAUCUUGUUUUCCUUUUC